UGUAAGAGCAGGAACUGACAUGGAUGAACUCGAUUUGCUGUUAGAGGAGCUGGCUUUGAAUCCAUCGGGUUCAAACGGUUUCCAGGAAAACAAAGGAAACACUGCAAGUGAUGGACAGGCUCCGGGUGCCAUACUCACUGGAGCCAAGGACAAAGAGAAAAGCUCAGUUGGCUCUAGUGUCUACAGUGACCUACCUGCUCCCGUGGCUGCUGCGUUACCCCCUGUCUCACCCACUCAAGAGCUGGAAUUAAUCUUACAAGAUCUGAUGGGUUUAGCAGAAGGGGACCACGCACAUCCUUCAACCCCACCACCACUGGCACAGAAGCAGUCUACGAAGAAGAGAACAGAGGAUGGGAGACGAGAGCAAAAGGAAGACAGGAACAGCAGCAGCGGCCCAGCAAGUUCAGAUCCAAAGCCCUCGCUCCCGAGACGGGAAACAGAUUCCAUAGAUGAGCUGCUGGGAGGGCUGAGCUCUGACCUGGAGAAGAUUGGCGUACGCACCACAGCCAAAGGCCACUGUGCUUCGUGCAACAAAUGCAUUGUGGGAAAGAUGAUCACAGCGCUGGGAGAAGUGUGGCACCCUGAGCACUUUGUCUGCAUGGUGUGCAAUAUGGAGCUGAGCACAACAGGCUUCUUUGAAAGAGAGAGGCGGCCCUACUGUGAAAAAGACUACCACCAGCUCUUUUCCCCCCGCUGUGCCUACUGCAAGGGGCCUAUAAUGCAGAACAUCCUGACAGCUCUGGACCAGACUUGGCACCCGGAGCACUUCUUCUGCUCGCACUGCGGAGACCUGUUCGGGCCAGAGGGUUUCCUGGAGAAGGAUGGCAAACCAUACUGCUGCAAGGACUUCUACCACCUCUUUGCUCCCAAGUGCUCGGGCUGCGGGGAGUCCGUGAGGGAGAACUACCUGACUGCAGCCAAUGGCACCUGGCAUCCAGAGUGCUUCGUCUGCGCAGACUGUCUGAAGCCGUUUACCGACGGCUGUUUCAUGGAGCUGGACGGUCGACCGCUCUGUUCCAUCCACUUUCACUCCAGGCAGGGGACCCUGUGCGGCGGCUGCGGGGAGCCCAUCACUGGCCGCUGCAUCUCGGCUCUCGACCACAAAUUUCACCCUGAGCACUUUAUUUGCGCCUUCUGUCUGCGGCAGCUUCACCACGGCAUCUUCAAGGAGCAGAAGGGGAAGCCCUACUGUACAGCUUGCUUCAACAAGCUCUUUGUAUGAGACAUUCACAGCAAAGAUGAUGCAAAACACGUAACAGUUGGUGUUGUCGUGGGGGGUGCGGGUGCCUGUCAUCCUACAUGAGUGAGAUGAAUUAUUAGAACGCAUCACAUCCCAAUGUAGCAUCUCUGCUCAAAAAGAACUGAGGAAAAGGACUGUGCUGUGAUUGAUGCCCCUUGUUAUGUCAUGUUGUAACUGCAACCUUUAUUGUAUUUUAUGAUAGACUAACGUAGAACAGUGCAAAUCAGGGAAAUUUGAGAAAAUUGAUAAAUAAAAGUAUGACCAUCCGCCUAAAUUGAAAUCUCAUGCAAGGAGGGGAUUGAUCAAAGAGGCCCCCUUUUUUUCCAGCCUAGCAUCAACCUCCUUCCACCUCCAAAUCGUGCUUUACCGUGUUGGCCAAUCACGUAAAACCUCGCUAACAUACAUUGAUUUGUGGCCCAACGCGACAAAGACGUGAAAUAGACGAAGGUGUGCUGCCUAAUGAGUAACGGCUCAGCAAACAGAGCUUGCAACACGGGGCUCAUUGAGAAAUCACGUCCGAACAUCAGCGAGUAAUUAUUACUGAGAUGGUUUUUAUAACUCAAUCAAAAUAUUUCCCCCGAAGAAAACAUUCCCACGUGUGAACUUUGGACGCUUGUAAGACGGGCGAGUUGCUGAUGCUUGGUUUCACUUUUGAUGAGUUUUCAUACAUCACAAUCACAUCAAACUCCAAAUGAAGCACGAUAAACACAGAAGCGGCGAUUUAAUGGAUUACACGAAGCUAUCCUCGGUUUUGCUGUUAGGCUUGGCAGUCUGGAUCGACUUUCUCCCGGUUUGAAACAGCUUGUCAGGCGAUUUGCCUCUGCGGCCCGAUAGCUUGUCUUGGCAGGGACUGGCACGGACUCGUCAUGCCAACCUGUGAUUCCUCUGUCUCAGAUUGACCACUUGGCCCCUGGCAGCCACCGGAUUCAGACAUCCUCUUCAUCCUCCACACAGGCUCCUUUAUGACUGCGUCUUGAAGAUUAAUGAAUGUGGUGAGGUUAACAAAGGUAGUUUUAAGAAGGAGCUCCUUCACAUCCCUGCAUCCCCUCAGAAACUGUUGAAGGAUGAAUGAACCGCAAAAGUGAUUUAAUGCCUCAGCGGUUGCUGGCAGAUUUAGGCUCAUUUUGUCAUCGGCUGAGUUAUAUUUCGUUUCCUGAAACCUAAUUGUGGAAAUUAGACAUGAAGACGAGGCAUUUGCUGGAUUGCUACACAAAUAACUGAAAGGUUUUACUCAUGCACACUGGAUAUGUUUUUUUUUUGUCUAUAAUUUUUACAGAAUUUAAUAAAAAAUUUAAUUCUGUGUUUUGUGUUUACUAAAAUGUCCAAAGUACACGGAUAUCAGCAGGCUACCAAAAAAGAUUGUUGUACUGGCUUUGCACAUGGCCAUAUUUUGUGCACCUUUACUAUCAGCACAUGAGCAUGAGUUAGAUUUAAUGGCAAGAGAUUUCUGAGAGAAAUCCAACACAAACGGCUUCCACUUUUUCAUUAUGUCUGUGGUAUUAAGAUCAAGUUUUUUAGAGAAAAUUUGGCACAUAUAAGAACAUUCGUGCCAAGUGACUAUGUGGUUCUUUUUAACACUCAAAUGCUCAAUUCUCUGGAUUCUGCGUUAUUUUAUAAGUGGGUCAAAAAUGACCUGUAUCAGAAUCAAAUAAUAGUGCUCAAUAAUAGCAUUUCUAUUUUAUUUUGUAUUUGUUAUCCAAAGAAAAAAUAUCUUUUGUUUGAAAUAGCUAAAUGUUUCCUUUUUAUCAAUUUUUCCCCCAGUUUAAUUCAGUCUAUUUACAGUAGACGAGAUAUGGUAAGAUAACACAGGGAAUGUAAGAUCAUACUCAAAAGGUUAAAAUAUUCAUUGUGAUGAGGUUAAAUGUUGUACUUUCAUUGGGAUUGAGUACAAAACGAAAUAAAGGCUUUGGAACAAAA